AUGGGCGCUCUUAUCAACAUUACUCCCUCACGAAUGGUACAUAUUUUGCACCCAUCGAUGAGCCAGCUGGAUGAGAAGCGCAGGUUUUACGGAAGUCGAGUCGAGACUCUUGACGUUGCCAAUGUGCGGCUGGUCGAGUGCUCAAGCGAGGAGCGAAGCCAGCAACCCAGCAUUCAAGUGGCUGCUCGUCCCUUUUAUGAUUUCCAGGGAAUGAUUCGUAAUGACUGGUGGAUGGACACUCGGUACCGACAGUUUGGGCCCGAUGUGCAAGAGAGUUAUUACCAGCGGCCGCAACAGGUCCGAGACCUCACAAUAUCACGAUGA